GAUAACACCUUAGGCCUAUACCCAUAGAUAGCAGAGAAAAAAGAGACACUAUAUGAUUGUCAUGGAUGUUAUCAACACUGAGAAUUGAACAUGCAUCAGGAUGUUAGCUCCUCAAGCAAUCAACUAAAAACAUCAAAUAUUAACUUUUCCCAACCAUUCUCAAUAUGACAUGGUAUUAUAUAAUGCGUCUUCUUCGACAACGUCUCCGGGAUCUUGUCUUCCUGAUCAGUGCAAUCCUUGUCUUGUUUCUUUAUCUCUCUUGUCAAAAUACGAACAUUGAGAAUAGAGAAGGAUCAGAUAGUUUGAUGAUUAGUGAUGUUAAGAGCUUCCCUGCUAAGGAUCAUGGAGGAAUUGGAAAAAGAAAUGGAGAUAGAGUGGAAGGAUACAGAAAUAUUUUAGAAGGGAUAGAUUUCCUAGAUGAAGAUGUUGCUAUGUGGGGCAAAGAAGAAGACAAACCAUUGGAAGAAGGCACUGGAGAUAAAAUUGUUAGUGAAAGGAGCCCAUUGCUACUUCAUCUACAUGAGAUUGAAGAUUCAAGAGAUUUGAGGUUUCAAGAUGCAGCAAAGGUAGCUGUUGUAAGAGGAGAAGAUGAUGUUAUUAAACGAGAUCUUCCUUUCUACAAAGAUGCUUUAGAGAAGGAGGGUUUUAAUAUCAUUCUUCAAGAAGAUGAGGAUGACAUCAAAGUCCUUGAGGAGAUGAAAACAAAUGCAAACUCUGGUGAUAAAGACUGGGAAGGCUGGAUGAUAUUACUGUGUUUAUCUCUGGGUGAGGCUGAUGAGACUGGGUGCCUUCAGAGGUCAUCUUUAUCUAAAUUAGACAAACAUCAAAAGCUUUCAGUAAUUCUUCAGAAAAGAGAGUUUUUAAUUAAUAGAAUACCAGGAAUGAAAGAUGUUCUUUGGAGGAAGGAUGCUUUCUGUUAUACUACAAAUGAAGCUCGUAAGAUUCCAAGUGUAAGAAGAAGUGAUGUUGCUCCAAUGUGUUGGGUAUUACCAGCACAGUUUGAUGAGUUUAUGAUGACAGCUGAUGCUAUGGGUAGUGAUGUAAGAUGGGUCUUUAAACCAACAGUUGGUGGGAUACAGGUCCUUCAACCAACAAGAGAUAAAGAUUAUGAAAGAAUUAAGCAAUAUCGUAGUGAAAGAGCAGUUGUGCAGCAGUACAUACCCAAUCCUCUUCUUAUAUUUGGUUCACCUAUUAAUAUUCGUGCAUAUGUGUUAGUGACAUCAAUCAAUCCAUUGAGAGCUUAUAUUCAUUCUCAAGGAUUAGUAUUCUUCAGACAUGAUUACCAGAAAGGAUUUAGCAAGAUUCCAAGCAGAACAUGGUCCUUAUCUCAAUUCCGACAGUAUUUAUUACAAAGCUAUGGAUCUGAGGUCGCUUACACAGCAUUUCAGAACCUUGAUACUGUGAUAACAGAAACACUUCUUGUAUCAGAGCCAUCACUGGUUACUGAUUUCUCACAGUUCUUCCACCCUUGGGAACAGCCAUAUAGAUGUUCACAUUGUUUCCAACUCCUUGGGUUUGACAUCAUUUUCAAUUCUACAUUUCAUCCCAUUAUUAUAGAGGUGACUGGGCAACCUCAUCUUCAGUUUAGUGAUGCUGAUCAACAAUGGAAUAGUAAUAUCAUCAAACAAACAACUGUAGAUGAGUCUAUAUCAUUACUAUUUUCUACUAAGAGAGUUGCAAGACAUGUCUCAGAUGUACUUGAUAAGCUUCAUAUUGGAAUUCAGAGAUUUGGAUGCAAUAAAACCAAGUUCUGUUUGACUGAUGGAGAUCUAGACUUCUUACUAAUAUCAAGAAGAGAGCAACUUUCUAUGGGGAGCUUUAAACCACUGUACCCGUCAGCAGACAUUUGGAAGUAUAACCAUCUCAUCCAAGAAAUAGAACAUUUGAAAUCAUCUCAAAUCAGACAAGAUGAUACCUUAUCUCCUCCUCCUAUUACUCAUUCUACAAGAGAGCUUCAUCCUAUACUUGUUGCUAUGGAAACCAUGUAUCAUCAGGCAGACAGGGAAGUGUUGGAUGAAUUAAGAGAUGAUGGUGGUAUACUAGUCAAGAAUAUACAUGGUCUUGAUCAAAGAAGAAGUGAAAUGAAAGGACCAAGGUGUAGUGAAGAUCCCAGUACCAUGCACUUACUCUCUUCCAUCAGAACCUGGCCAUUUCUAAACAUGACCUUUGACCCUCAGCAGACUGAAUAUUAUAUCGAGGUUGCUUAUGAUCAGAUAGUAAUACAGAUUGGAGCAUAUGCAAUGAGCUGUGAUUGUGAGGCUAGGUUAGAAGACAAGUAUGGAGUAGCAAGGCCUGUGAAUUUUACUGUGGGUCUUGGAAAGAAUCGUAUCAGCAUCUUUGUAGUAGACAUCACCCAUUCAACACCAUGGGUCCUUGGUGAAUAUACUCUUUAUAUACAAAGACAUCACUACAGGACCAAUUUGAUAUCCCUUGAUGUUGAAGAUAGACAAGCUGUCUGUACACUAGUCCAGGACUGUAAUUUAUCAUAUCUUUCCCAUCAUACAUGUGGGCUGAGACUUCUUGUUGAUGUGAGCUGGUCAGAGGUUGUAACCAAGGCAACCAGUCUACCUUUUUGUACCAGUGGCAGUGCACCAGGUCAGUGGCUUGUUCCAUGUGAGAAGUGUUCUGAUGAAAGAUCUUGUGACUGGGAUAAAGCUAAAUGGCAGCCACAUGAUUGUCAGCAUAGAGAAUUCAGCCAAUCAGAAGUCAAACAAUGCUUGGCUGGCAAGAAGCUUUUAUUCAUCGGUGACUCUACUAACCGAGGAAUAAUGUAUUAUCUGAUAGAGAGAAUGAAUAGCUCCCUCUAUCAGUCUGAUAAAACACAUGACACCAAGCUCUAUACAGACCUCAAUGACAAGCAGACAUCAGCUAGUUUUUCUUACUAUCCUCAAUUCUGGUUACCUAUGAAUGAGAGACCUGUAUUUGAGAUGACCUUUAAUCAUCUUCUAAGGAUUGCAGGUCCAUUAUCAAAUGAUUCUAAUACUGUUCUAAUAAUGGGAGGUGUUCAUUGGAUGGCUAUACAUCAUCUUACUGUCAUACAGGAUGUAUUACACAGGAGUGGAUUGAUUGGUAUCAAGAAGUUAGUGAAGAGUUUAGGCGCUGGAUUUCAUCAACCUGUCGAUGGGAUUCAUUGUCUUACUCUAGCUGAGCAGAGGAAAGUAUUACUUCAUAACCAAGGGCUACAACAAGCUGCAUUUAGGAUGGGAUACAGUUUUAUAGAUACAUUCAACAUGACCAUGUCAAGAUACAAGGAUUUCUUAGAAGGAAAGUGUGCUUGCCAUUUUCAUAAGGUUGAAGAGAUUGACAUUCAGAAAUCACAAGGUCAUCCAGAUCUAGAGAAGAUUGAAGGUCAUGGCAUGACUGGGCGAUAUCAUGUGACUGGUCAUAUUAAUGCAAUAUAUUCUGAGAUCUUACUUGCACAGAUAUGUGAAGUGGGAUGACCUGAUAGAUUGAGGUCAAAGUUCACAUGAAGGAGUCUCAUAAACUUUUUCAAGGUUAGGACAAUAACCUACUAUUGGACAUAGAGGACAUAUUGAACUAUCUUUGUGACAUGUCCAAGUUCAACAGAUGCGUUAAUCUUUUAUUUUUUUCCCUUUUUGUCAAAUGUAAAUGGCAUUUAAAUAUGAUUCCAAGAAUGAUUUGUUUCCAAAUAUUUAGGCCCAUAUCCUGAAGCCCAGUUCAGCUUAGGCCAUGGUUUAACUUUGUGUUAUUUAUUUUAUAUUGGAUUAUUCUUAUAUAUACUAUCUUCUUUCCCCGUGUAUUAAUGGUGAAGAUAUAAUUUAGUUAUCCAAACAAAGUUUUGUGUGAAUUGAGCACCAAAUGUGCAGAUGAAUUUAACCUGUACUGUUUACAGAUUCAUGUCUUAGUUAGCCUAAUGUUUCAAAUGGAUGCUGUAUUUGAGUAUCAAUUUCAAUUUUAUUGCACAGUUACAUCUCAGUUCCUUUUAUUUUAUUAUGUGUUGUAUCUCAUGUAUUUCAAAAGCUAGUGAAUUAGCUGUAACCAGCUAAGAGAAAAAAAAAUGUGUAUAUGAAAAAAGAAGAAAUCAUAAAUAAGAUAUGAAAUAGAGAGAGAGCAUAGAUGAAUAAAGAGAGAGAGAGAGAGGGGGGGGGGGAAGGAGGAGAUAGAAACGGAGAAAGAGACACUCACAUAUAUGCACAUGUUUUUAUUUGAAAGGGGGGAGACUAUGGGGAGGGAAGCUGGAGGAAGGAGAUGGAAUGCAAAGUGCAAUGACUAAGUAGUAUUGAGAUCAACUUAUUUUCUGCAUAUCUUUGGCUCACAUGAUUUGGAUGCUUAGGGCUUAAUACAUGUAUGCUUGAAAUCCAGAUAAUUGAACAACCAUUUACCAGUGGAUUUUAUCAUUGCAUGCAAGAUCAUUUAUAACAUAACUGAUCACGUCCACAUUGUGAUAGAAAGCCAUCUCCAAAUGUCUCAAAUUUUGAUCAAAUAGAAAUAUAUCAUGUGCUCCAGACCAGAUACAUCUCCUUAUUAACGUAUAUUAUUAAUGUUACUUAAAAUAUCAAUAGAAAAAUAAGAAUCAUUAUUGUUCAGUUUUAUCUCAUUUUGUUUUAUUUUGCUGUAUGUGCUUUACUUCGCUGUAUGAAUAUUAUUGCCAAUCAAUUUGACCUUUGAUUUCAUUUGAUAUAAAGCUACCCAUGAAUGAAUACAAUCUUGUUAUUGAAAAAUAAGCUUUUUCAGUACAAUUUUUUUAUAAAGUCAUUAAUUAUUAAUAUCUAUUCCUGUUUGAUAUGGAAUUAUAUUAACAUAGAGCUGUCAUUGACAGUAAAUAGGAUUUUCACCCUAGAUUUUUCAAACUUUUAAGAACACUUAUUUUUUGGUAUGUUUUUCAAAAUUGUAAAGAAAAAUAGGAUUUUAGGAUUGAAAAUAGGAUAAAAAGAAAUAAAAGAAAUCAUUUUUUUACAGCUCUUUAAAUCAAGAGUAUCCAACAGAAAUUCACUUUCGCUUUUAAAAUUUUGCUGGACAUUAGAUGAAAGUUUACAGAACUAUUUUCAUGGAAUUAUACAAUGGCAUGGAAAAUUGGGAAUUUUUUUUGUUUACUGAACUAAAACACUAUUAGCAUAGUCACAUAGAUUUUAUGAUUCAUGCAUUUUCUUCCCUCAUAGUGGUUUUACGAAAGCCGGAAAGGGCACAGAUCUAAUUUUCGAUUUUUUUUUUUUUUUCAUAUAUGUGAUAUUCAAUAGCCUGUCAUCCGUGCCUGUCAUUAACUCUUUCAGAAUAAAAAAUCCUUUUAUUUCAAGAAUAAGAGCAUAUUUGAAUAUCACACAAAACAGCAAAUACCUCUCCUUUGAAUUUAUGAAGUGGCAUAACCUAUUCUUUCUGUACUGUAUCAGUCUCCGGAAUUGCGUGCGGAGUUCAAUAACCUGACCUAGACAUUGCGCGUAUGCAGCAAGUAUGCAUUGAGUGAUAAAACAAACUGGCAAAAACCAUGGUUUGUGCCACUAAAAAACUAUGUGUAGGAUACGUGUGAUUUUAUGAAGUGGCACAAACCCCCUGAUUCUCAAAAAGUAAACAGUUUCUGAACUGCAUACCUGCGCUUCAUUAUAAAUAUCAAAAGAAUAAAUUUGAAUUGUGAAGAAAAUUUUGCGCAUUAUAAAAGGAUAAAAUGGGCAUAAAUAACUGCUCUGGUUUUUUUUCAAAGCGCAAAGUUAAGAGCGUCAAAAAAACACCCAAACUUUGAUUGCAAUUAUCUCAAAAUCAUGUUUUUGGAGACCAGCUGAAGUUUGUGCCAGUCUGUAAUAUCACUGAUGACAUUAUGCAUUUAUAAAAUAACAGAUACAUGUAUGAUGUGGUGGAUAAUAUUAAUUUUUGAUUAGGUAAAUCAG